GUGUUGUAUCUUUCCAUCCCAUACCCAAAACCAAAAAUUGAACAACUUCUGUUUCCAUCCUACUCUCACUCUUAAGCAUCUGGAUGUCAUCCACUACUGCAAAAAUCACUGUGGAAGUAAAACCACCCAAUCCUACUGAAGGAACAGAUGUCCUUCUACUUGUCCACAACCUGCCUAUGAGUGUUUCUGCCCAUCUUUGGUUCACUGGUAAGUUUACUCUAAUUUCAAUUUACAAAAGAUUAAACAGGAAAAGCAACCCAGGCUCUUCAUACAGUGGAUGGGAGAUUAUAUAUCACAGUGGAUCCAUGCUAAUAAAGAAUGUCACCCGGGGGAAAAAAAAAAAAAAAAAGAAUGUCACCCGGAGGGAUACAGGAAAUUACAUCUUCCAAGUCAUAAGUAAAUGCUUUGAAACAGAAGAGGUAACUACAGAGCUGCGAGUACACUAUGGCCCGGAUGCCCCCACCAUUUCCCCCCCAGACUCCCACUUCCAUUCAGGGGCAGCGCUCAACCUCUCCUGCCACGCAGACUCUGACCCCCCAGCACAGUACUCCUGGCUGACCAAUGGGAGGCCCCUGCAAUCCACACAGGAGCUCUUCAUCCCCUACCUCGCUGUGACUGACAAUGGAUCCUAUACCUGCUGCAUCCACAACUCUGCCACUGGUCUCAAUAGAACUAUAGACAAGAAUAUUGUAGUCUCUGCACCAGUGGCAAAGCCCUCCAUUCAAGCCAGCAAAACCAAUGUCACAGAAAAUGACACGGUGGUUCUGACCUGUGUCACAAAGGACAGUGGCAUCUCUAUCCAGUGGUUCUUCAAUGGGAAAAGGCUGCACUUCAAAGAGAGGAUGACGCUGUCCUUUGACAACAGCACCCUCAUCAUACAACCCGUCCGGAGAGAGGAUGAUGGGCAUUAUCAGUGUAAGAUCUCCAACCCAGCCAGAUCCAGAAGAAGUAACCACCUAAAGUUGAAUGGAGCGUGCCCAAAUCAGCAAGGCACCACAGCAGAACAAUACUCCAGGAGUGAACAGAAUCAGCGUUAUCCAUACGCAGGCUCAUGCCACCGGCUUGCAGCAGGUUCCUCAGCUGGUGCCUGCUGGCCCUGGGGGAGGCGGCAAAGCUGUGCCUCCAAGCAAGCAAAGCAAAAAGAAUUCCCCUAUGGAUCGAAAAACAGUGACGAAUACCGGCAGCACAGAGAAAGGAACAACAUGGCUGUGAAAAAGAGCCGGUUGAAAAACAAACAGAAAGCACAGGCUACACUGCAAAGACUGAAUCAACUCAAAGAAGAGAACGAACGAUUGGAAGCCAAAAUUAAAUUGCUGGCUAAAGAAUUGAGUGUACUGAAAGAUUUGUUUCUUGAGCAUGCACAUAACCUUGCAGACAACGUUCAACCCAGCAACACGGAAAAUACUACAGCCAGUUCUGAGAAUGCAGGGCAUCUGAUCCCACAAGCUACGGAUCAGGAUUUGCGAUACUCACCUGUUAGUUUCUGUUGUUCAGAUGUCUGCUUUGGGGCCGUGCCUUUUAAAGCUAAACUUUUCAUGCGACGAAUGAUUUUGGCAUUUGAUCUAAAACAUCUUGAUGCAACCCUAGGUGCCUACAUGAAGGGAAAAGUCGGGGAUGAGAGAAUCAAGAAACCAAAUAUAGCAAGUCCUCAGUUCACUGUCACCCUAAUCUCACUCUUAAGCAUCUGGAUAUCGGCGACCACUGCGAAAAUCACUGUGGAAGUAAAACCCCCCAAUCCUAUUGAAGGAACAGAUGUCCUUCUACUUGUCCACAACUGGCCUCGUAGUGUUUCUACCCAUCUUUGGUUGUUUGGGGAAAAAUCACAUAUAAUAAUAACUUAUGCAGGAUUCCGCAGGAAAAGCUACCCAGGCAUUGCAUACAGUGGACGAGAGUUUGCCUUUCACAAUGGAUCCAUGCUGAUCCAGAAUGUCACCCGGAGGGAUACAGGAAACUACACAAUCCAUGCCAUAAAGAAAUACUUUCAAAUAGAAGAAGUAACUACAGAGCUGCGAGUACACUAUGGCCCAGGAAUCCCCACCAUUUCCCCCUCAGACUCCCACUUCCAUUCAGGGGCAGCGCUCAACCUCUCCUGCCACGCAGACUCUGACCCCCCAGCACAGUACUCAUGGCUGAUCAAUGGGAGGCCCCUGCAAUCCACACAGGAGCUCUUCAUCCCCCACCUCGCUGUGACUGACAGUGGAUCCUACACCUGCCACGUCCACAACUCUGCCACUGGCCUCAAUAGAACCGCAAACAGGAUUAUCACAGUCCUUGCACCAGUGGCAAAGCCCUCCAUUCAAGCCAGCAAAACCAAUGUCACAGAAAAUGACACGGUGGUUCUGACCUGUGUCACAAAGGACAGUGGCAUCUCUAUCCAGUGGUUCUUCAAUGGGAAAAGGCUGCACUUCAAAGAGAGGAUGACGCUGUCCUUUGACAACAGCACCCUCAUCAUACAACCCGUCCGGAGAGAGGAUGAUGGGCAUUAUCAGUGUAAGAUCUCCAACCCAGCCAGAUCCAGAAGAACUCGACUAUCCCAGUCCCUGCAUGCAUCAUCCCAACCACUGGCUCUAGGCAAGGGCUUUUACACAACUCCAGACAUUAGUAACCCCCUGAUUUGGGGUCUCAUGGUAGAUCACAUUGAGUUGACCAUCAUUUCUACCAUGAUGCCUCCAAAGAGAAGGGUCUUUCUCAUGAAAUUUCUCCCCUGUGAACAUCCAUUUGGAAAUAGCAGUCAUAUCGCUCUGUCUGACUCUACAUGGGUAACUGUCAUGGAGGAAAAGAACAACUCUAGGGAACACACUCAUCUAGAAUACAAUACCCAAUCCAGCAGGACUGUCGGCAACCUGGAUGCAGAGGUCAGAACCCACAGCUCUCAAACAUCUGGGCCAACUCAGUCCUUUGACGCCUGUUCAGCAUCCCAGGGGCAGCUGCUGAUUACGCAAGACCUCCAGGGGUCAACAUCAGGAAACAUUGGCAAAACACAGGAAGUGAACAUGGGCCCUGGGAAUGGAACCAUGCUGAUCCAGAAUGUCAACCGAAGGGACACAGGAUACUAUACCUUCCACAUCAUAAAGAAAUUUAACCGAGCAGAAGAAGUUAUUAAACAGCUCCAGGUAUACUACGGCCCAAGCAGCCCCAUUAUCUCCCCUGCAAACUACCAUUACCGCCAAGGAUCAGAGCUCAGGCUCUCUUGCUAUGCAGACUCUCACCCACCUGCACAGUACUCUUGGUUCAGGAAUAUGAAGUCUCUGCAGUCCACACAGGAGCUCUUCAUCCCCUACAUGUCUUUGAAUUAUAGUGGAUUCUAUAGCUGCCUUGCCUACAACGCUGCCACUAACCGCAGUAUACUCACAGUCAGAAAUAUUGCAGUUUUACGUGCAGUGAAACGCCCCUCCAUUCAAGCCAGCAACACCACAGUCCGAGAAAGUGACACUGUUGUCUUCACCUGCCUCACAAAUGCAUAUGCGACCUCCCUUCACUGGUUCAUGAACAACGAGAUGCUACAGGUCACACAGAGGAAGAGAAUGACAUCAUCCUGGGAUGACAAAACACUCACCAUACAACAUGUGAGGAAGAAGGAUGCUGGGAAUUAUCAGUUCUCACUCUUAAUCUUCUGGAUGUCAUCCCCUACUGCCCAAAUCACUAUUGAGUUAAUACCUCCCAAUGUUGCUGAAGGGGAGAAUGCUCUUCUACGUGUCUACCAUCUGCCAGUGGAAAGCUAUUUCUAUUCGUGGUUCACUGAAAAUGACUUGCGCAUAGAACAUCUAAUUAUAGCAUAUGGAACAAAAAAGCAAAACAUGUUCUUUGGGCCUGCAUUUACUCAUCGAGAGAUAAUAUACACCAAUGCAUCCCUGCUGCUCCAGAAUGUCACUUUGAAAGACUCAGGAUACUACACCAUCCAAGUCACAAAGACUUCUGAUGAAGUAGAACAUGAAACGGUGCAUCUCCAAGUAUACUUGAAAUUACCCAAGCCCUACAUCAGAUACAGUGAAACCCACCCUGUGGAGCACAAGGACUCUGUGGUGUUAACAUGUGAACCUAAGAUUCAGAACACAAACUACUUGUGGUUCAUCAAUGGUCACAGCCUCCUGGAAAAUACCAAGCUGGAGCUGUCCAAGGACAAUAGGACUCUCACUUUACUCCAUGUCACAAGGAAGGACACAGGACCCUAUGAGUGUGAAAUGCGGAACCCAGUGAGUGCCCACCGCAGUGAUACAGUCACCCUGGAUAUACUCUAUGGCCCGGACACCCCCACCAUUUCCCCCUCAGACUCCUAUUACCAUCUAAGGGCAAAGCUGAGACUCUCCUGCCACACAGUUUCUAACCCGCCUGCACAGUAUUCCUGGCUGGUCAAUGGAAGGCCCAUGCAAUACGACGCACAAGAGCUCUUUAUCCAUAAUGUCUCCGAGAGUGACAGUGGCUCUUAUACCUGCCUCGUCUACAACUCUGCCACUGGCCUCAAUAAAGCCAAAGUCAAGACUAUCAUAGUUUCUGACAGAAUGGCACUGUCCCUGAACAACUGUACCCUCACCAUGGGUUCCAUUAGCAAGGUGCUGGUCCUGGAACAUUUAGGACUAUGCUAUUUCUUGAUAUUUCUGAUUCCUUACCACCAUACUACUUCUGUUGACUUCAACCAAAUCAGUGCUACUAAUGCUGCCAUCCCAGGUCAUGCUGCUACUGAAUUCUUACUUCAGGCUAUUGCCAGAGAUACUGAGCCUGAGAUGUCAACUUCCAAACUCCUCAAAUCUGUGCCUAAACUAGGAAAUGCAUACAUCAACCCCCAGGAGCACCUUCUGAACACAGCAUCCUGUUCCUCUAGGCCUACUCCCCCCACCCCUACACCUCCUGGCAAGAAAUAUGGAGUAGAAAUCAUAGUAGACAAGAAGAAGAAAGUGAGACCAUCUGUGGCCCCUCACCUUGACCAUGAACUAUCUUUCUAUGCCAAAUGGGAUCAAAGAUUGAUGGCCUUACUCUUAACCUUCUGGAUGCCUCACAUUACCAUCCUAAUCACUAUUGAAUCACCAUCCAAUGCAACCGAAGGGAAGGAUGUUCUUCUACUUGUCCACAAUCAGUCAACGGAAAUUUAUGGCUAUUUCUGGUUCACCGGGAGAACUGUGGUCACAGAUCAUCUAAUUGUAGCAUAUGGAAUAUUCUUGAAAAAAAAUUUCCUAGGGCCUGCACACAGUGGUCGAGAGACAUUAUAUAGUAAUGGAUCCCUGCUGUUACAUAACAUCACCCGGAAGGACACGGGAUACUACACCUUACAAGUCACUAAGAGUUUUAAUCAAACAGAACAUGUAACUAAAGAGCUCCAAGUAUAUUAUGGCCCAGACGACCCCACCAUUUCCCCCUCAGACUCUUAUUACUCUCCAGGAACAGAGCUCAGACUCUCCUGUCAGGCAGCUUCUGAUCCACCUGCACAGUAUUCCUGGCUGAUCAGCGGGAAGCCCCUGCAAUCUACACAGGAGCUCUUCAUCCCCAACCUCUCCAUGAAUGAUAGUGGAUCCUAUACCUGCUGUGUCCACAACUCUGCCACUCACCUCAACAGAAUGACAGUCAAAACUAUCACAGUCUCUGAAUUUCUACCUAUUCCAUUGGUCUAUAGGUCCAUCUUCAUGUCAGACCCAUAUUAUUUUGGUUACUGUGCCUUCACAGUCUAUUUGAAAUCAGGAAGUAUGAGUCCUUCAUUUCCAAGAUUAUUUGGGGACAUGAAGAUGGUCCUGCCGGAUCUGCACUUCUUUGGAAUUAGAGUCGACAACAGAUAUUUGCCGAUAGACCCACAACAAAGCAGAUAUGACUUGUUAAUUUCCUCUGAAAACUUACUCCAUAAAUACUCUGAGGUGGAGCCUACUGACAAUCCAAACCUAUGGGGUUCAAGUCCUGGCAAUGCAUGGAAGCCCUAUGGAUGGCACCAGGAAAACUCCAUGGACAGCAAAGUGAGGGAGGACAUAGCAGGCAGCAGCCCCCUGAAGCCCCUCUCAGCCCCUGCUCAUAGAGGGUGUGUCCCCUGGUAGGGGCUACUGCUGGCAGUCUCACUCUCAACCUUCUAUCCGGCUACUGCUGCCCAGCUCACUACUGAGUCAGUGUCAGCCAAUGCUGUUGCAGGGAAGGAUGCUCUUCUACUUGUCCACAAUCUUCCAGGGAAUCUUUCAGGCUUUGGCUGAUAGAAAUGGCAAGCUAUAGAACCCAACCAACUAAUUGCAUCUUAUAUAACUUUCGCUCACGUAAGUACUCCAGGACUCAGACACAGUGGUCAGGAAACAAUAUACCCUAGUGGAUCCCUACUAUUCCAGGUCACCACCCAGGAGAAUACAGGAUACUAUACCAUACAAAUCAUAAAGAGGAAUUGUCAAACCCAGAAAGGAACUGGACAGCUUUGUGUAUACCAGCUAGUGGCACAGCCCUCCAUCCAAGCCAACAAAACUGUGGUCACAGAAAAUGAAUUCAUGAUCCUGACUUACUUCAAAGUUGACACUGGGGUCUCCAUCCUGUGGUUCUUCAAUGAGCAAAAAUUGAGACUCACAGAGAGGAUGAAGCUGUCCUGGGACAACAGCACCCUCACCAUCGAGCCUGUCAGGAGGGGAGAUGCGGGCCUCUCUGCUGGGACCAUUACUACCAUUGUGAUUGGAGUCCUGGUAGGGGUGGCACUGGCAGCUACUCUGGAGUGUGUCCUGUCCCUAGUGAUUGGAUGCAUAUUAAAGAGCAAACUCAUCACAACAGAUGCAGAAAAAUCCUAUCAUAAUAUCUACCAAAAUUUUAUUAUUCACAGUAGCCAGUUUCAGGAAAUAAUUUCAGCGUGUGUCAACAGGUGA